AUGGAGUAUCAAUAUUCCCGCCUCUUGGACCCAUCUGAGUAUGAGACAGACGGUCUUUGUGAAGGCCUCCUGGUCCGUAAGCAUUCAGUCCCAGACCUGGAAGAAAUCGGAGCUUUCAAGGCACAAGAAGAUUGGAGAGACUUGGUGGGACCAAUUACCACUUUCAGAGGAUCGCUUAGUCCUGAACACAACUUUGUUGCUGUGACGAUGCCGGAAUGCGUGCCUGAUCGCCUAGAAAUUGUAUCCUAUGCGAAUGAAUUCGGCUUCCUCCAUGAUGACAUUAUGAAUGACGAAGCAAUGAAUGCGUUUCAUGAGGGAUCGCAAAAUGGAAAGAUUGAUGUUCUCAAAUCUGGGAAACGUCAUAUGCAAGCCAAGAUCCUAAACACUAUGAUGAGCAUUGAUCGACCAUGCGCGUUGGUGGUCAUGCGCGCCUGGACAAUAUUCCUCGAGCGAGGGUCUGGGCGCCAACAUGACCGACAAUUUCAAACAUUAGCCGAAUAUCUACCAUACCGCUGCAAUGAUGCUGGCCAGACGAUCUGGUGCGCUCUCGUCACCUUCGGUUGCGCCAUUACUAUGCCAGAGGAAGAGAUGGACAUGUGCGCGGAGCUUAUAAAACCUGGCUUCACUGCUGCGUGCCUAACCAAUGAUCUUUUUUCAUACGACAAAGAGAAUGAAGCUGCCCAAGCUGCCGGGCUUGGCAGCCUUGUCAACGCCUUAUGUGUACUUAUGCACGAGCACAAUGUGUCACUGGAAGUGGCAAAAGAUAUGUGCCGGGCGAGAAUCAAAGACGAAGUGGCUAAGUAUACGCGCAUUGUAAAGGAAACGAUGUCUAGGAACGAUAUUUCUAGUGGGGCGAAGCGGUUCGUCGAACUGAUGCAGUACACUGUGAGCGGAACUGUUGUGUGGACUCUGGAGUGCCCUAGAUAUCAUAAGAAUGUGCAGUACAACGAGCGACAGCUGCUGCGGAUGAAAGAUGGUGUUGCAAAGCAUCCAGCAACACAUCAGUGGGCCAGUCAGAAGAACAACACGGCUUCAUAUUCGCAGAGUAUAUCUAUUGCAAAUCAGAAGGAGAAGAUGGACGUAUUCCCCGACUCGUGUACUUCAUCCGAUGAAGGGACCCGCCAGAGCUCUCCACCCACAGAUGCAACUUAUCCAACUGAUUCUGCGAACAGCUUGUGGUACGGUUUUAUCGAGGGUCGGGACUGGGAUAUUGGUAAAUUAUCACAUGGUGGUGCGUUGCCCACGUUGAGAGAGGAAUUUAUCCUCGAGCCUUAUCACUAUGUGAGUUCGAUGCCGUCAAAAGGCAUUCGCGAUAUGGUCAUCGACGGCAUAAAAUUCUGGCUGAGCGUACCGCCGCAAUCCACCUCUAUUAUCCGGAAUGUGGUUAACGCGAUUCAUACAAGCUCUAUCAUGCUAGACGACGUACAAGACGGGUCACAACUGCGACGUGGAAAUCCUUCCGCUCAUAUUAUUUUCGGCGAGGCCCAGACGAUCAACGCUGCGACGUUCCAGUAUGUGCAGGCAACUGCAGAAAUUCGAAGACUUACGAAUCCGCUCUGUCUCGAUAUAUAUAUUGAAGAACUGCGCAGCCUAUUCCUGGGUCAGUCGAUUGAGCUUCACUGGACUACUAGUUUGCAGUGUCCUUCAGUAACGGAAUAUCUGCAGAUGGUCGAUGGAAGUAGGUCUUGGUUUCGUUUGCUCUUUCACGUGGCAGAAACCGGCGGGCUCUUCCGUCUAUUAGCACGAUUGAUGGCAGCCGAAUCCCCACACGAAGAUCAGGCGGACAUGGAGCGACUAUGCCGGCUCCUUGGACGCUUCUACCAGAUCCGCGACGACUACCAGAACCUGGUGUCGGAAGAGUAUACAGCGCAAAAGGGAUUCUGCGAAGACCUUGAUGAAGGCAAAUUUUCCCUCCCCCUAAUUCAUGCCUUAGCACACACAGACAAGGCUGUUCACAUUCAGGGUCUCCUGCGCGAGCGCCACCGAAAAGGUCGCUUCACCAAAGAGCAGAAGCAGUAUAUCCUUACCCACAUUCGUGGCGCCGGUAGCCUAGCGUAUGUGCUGCAGCUUCUUCGGGCGUUAUAUGGUGAAGUAGAGGCUGAAGUGAGGCGCCUCGAGAGCGUCUUCGGCCAGGAAAACCACGAGAUGCGCUUGAUGUUGGCCCUGGUUAGAUUGUGA